AUGCUGCCAUUCUGGGAGAGUGCGUUACUUUCUCGUCUGACCACAUGUAUCACGUGUUUGUUUUGUGCUUUGAAACAAGCAGAAUACACAAAAAAGUACCAUGCAAAGCGCGAGUCACAAGAGCGUACAGUGAAGCAGAGUGCACGGGGAACGGACCGCGUCCACGAAACGCUCCAAAGCGGGAGACCGAAGAACCUAGCGAUGGAGAGCAUGCUGUCGACCGUCGCCCCGGCGGUCACCACCGAGCUGUACCGCGCGGCUAACGCGACGGUGGCGGUGAGCCCGCUGCGGCACGGCGGCAAGGUGUUCAUGGUGCUGGUGAAGGUGGUCUACGCCGUGGGGAUAGUUGGCAACGCCGCGGCCAUCGUGGCCCUCCGACGUGGCGAGAGACGCGUACGCAACAGGAAGCAUCUGCUGCUCCUCACUUCGCUAGCGGCCAACGACCUUGUAGCGCUGGUGGGCAUGGUGUGCGCCAUGGUGGUGUCGGAGCAGGUGCCGGGGGCGCGCAACACGCGGCUGUACUGCGCCGCCAGGGUGCUCCUCCGAGUCUUCGGCGUCGGCAGCGUCUGCAUCGCGGUCACCAUGGCCCUGGAGCGCUACCUCGCCCUCACCAGACCCUUCCUCUACCAGAAGCAAGUGACGUACUACGUGAUACGCACUGCGCUGCUGGUGUCGUGGCUGUGGGCUGCGGCGCUCACGUGCGCCCCGGUCCUCGGCCUGGGGCUCUACUACGACGAGGCGAACCACUGCUGCAUCAGAUACCGCAACGCGGUCACCACCGUAGACUUCGCGUACGCCGUCUUCUACGUCUUCUUCGGCACGCUGCUGUGCGCGGUGCUGGUGUACUGCAACCUGGCGGUGAUCAGGGCGCUGUACGCGAUCACCCUGGGCGGGGGCGCGGUGAGGAGGGUCUCUCGCAGCAGCUGCCGACGGGCGGCCGGCCGCGCGGCCACCCUGCCCGCGCCCCACAACGCCGCCACGGCCGAGGAGGUGGCCUUCAGCCGCCUCAUGGCCACCCUCUCCGUCCUCUUCAUGAUCUGCUGGCUGCCGCAAAUGGUGACCUCAGCGCUGUACUUGGCACUGGGCGAGUCGUCGUGGCAGCGGCUGAGCACCCUGGCCGCGCUCUCCGACGUCCUGAUGCUGCUCAACUACGUCCUGGACCCAGUUCUGUACGUCCUAAUGCGACAGCGACGCCGUCUCUCGCCCUCGGCCUUCUGCCACUCCCUCACGCAUUGUUUCAAGCGGAGUCACAAGACAUCGACCGAGUCGAUGAAGACGUCGUGCUGCCCGCAAGAGACGGUGGUGGUGAGCGACAGCUCAGGUGCCGAGCUGAAGCCGCUGCGCGCCACGCCGUGCGCCACCCUGGUGCGCCUCGAC